UUGGGAGUACCAAGAUGGCGGUCAACUGGCUUCAACCAAAUCGACAUACCGCUCGUUGUUUAUGGAUAUUGACGAGUCCCACCGGGAUUUGAACUUGAAUAGGAUUUGAAUUGCAACAUCCAUACCUAUCCAGUCUUUUUUUUUUUUUUUUAAAUCAGUGACUUUGAUGGGCCACAUCUAAGGACGUGGCAGGCCGCUAGCAUACGUCAUAGUCACGGCCGAAGUGAGCGACCCUGAUGAGCACGAGCAGUUCAGCGGACCCCCUCGGUAGCUGUGCUAUCCUCUAAGAAAUCUUAACCGAUGCAUGCUCUUUAAAUGACCGUCUUUGACGUUUCACAAAUUACCACGUGGUCCAGUGACAACAACUUUAUCGGUUGGUCGUCGUCCUGAAAAUGCGGCAAGUGCUGUGUGAAGAGUCCACAAGUGGGCACUAAAAAUGGGAUUCCUCGUGCGCGGUCCCAAAUGGAGUCUGUCGGCCAGUUUGAGUUCAGCAGGAAAGACCUGAUUGGUCACGGCGCCUUUGCGGUCGUCUUCAAAGGACGACACAAGGAGAAACAUGAGUGGGAAGUGGCUGUCAAGUGCAUCAACAAGAAAAAGUUGGCCAAAUCGCAUUCUCUACUCGGAAAAGAAAUCAAAAUAUUAAAGGAACUCAAGCAUGAAAAUAUAGUGAGACUUCUCGACUAUCAGGAAAUAGGCGGGUGUGUGUACCUGGUCAUGGAGUACUGCAAUGGCGGUGACCUGGCUGAGUACCUUCAAUCCAAAGGGACCUUAAGCGAGGACACAAUCCGAGUUUUCUUACAGCAGAUGGCUCAGGCCAUGAAGGUUCUACACAGCAAAGGCAUCCUUCACAGGGACUUGAAACCACAGAACAUCUUGCUCUGCCACCUAAAAGGACGGCGGUCCAGUUCCACCACCACCAGUGUCAAGAUCGCUGACUUUGGCUUCGCGCGUUAUCUUCAGACAAACACAAUGGCAGCAACACUGUGUGGCUCUCCCAUGUACAUGGCUCCCGAAGUCAUCAUGUCCCACAAUUAUGACGCCAAAGCUGAUCUGUGGAGCAUCGGCACCGUGGUCUACCAGUGUCUGACCGGGAAGGCGCCGUUUCACGCGAACACGCCACAGGAGCUCCGCCUCUUCUACGAAUGCAACAGGACCCUUGUACCAAGCAUCCCAAAGGAGACUUCGACCAACCUCAGACAGCUACUGUUGGGACUCCUUCAAAGAAACCACUCGGAUCGGAUCAGCUUCGAUGAGUUUUUCUCUCAUCCUUUCUUGGAAACAAGCUCGGCCUCUCGAAAGUGCUCUCCAGCUCCGGCGCGCUUCUAUCCCAGUUCCGCCUCAGGCAGCUCUUCUAGCAGCUCAUCCACAUCCAAUUCAGGCUCUCCUCGCCUUCACUGUGUUGAGAAGCAUCGUUGUCAGACCAAGUUGAAAAAAACUCCUAUGCCGGAUACUGUCGUCUACCAGUUGAAAGAAAUUGCCAAUCAAGACAGCAGGAACAGUUGGUCUUUCAGCGAGGACUAUAUCAUGGUACAUCCCGAGUCCCCUGUUGAGUACACGUCUGAGGAAGACUGCGGCUCACCCGUUGAAAGUUGCCUGAUAUACGCUAGCAGAAGCCCCCUGAUGAGUGGGAGGGUUCUUGAAGCAGUUGGCAGGAUACCUCCUUCCUCCCACACGCUGCAGUGUCACGCCAAGCCUUCUGGGCAGCCUGCGCUGUGCGGCCGCAGCCGUUCAGAGCCUAUUCCCGUCCCAACCCAGAUCCAAAACUUCCAGCGUAUGGAGCAGCAUCUGCAAGCAUCAGGCUCACAAGGCUCCGCCUUGGUCCGCCUCUGCUAUCCUGGCUCUGGUGAAAGUUCUUCGCCAUGUGGAGGAUGUGGGCCUCACGAUUCCUGCGUUGCCGCCUACUCCUCAAGUCCAAGUAGAAAAGGAGACCAGGCACCCCAGUCCUCCCCACGUGUUGGAACCACCCCAAGGACUUGGGAGCAGACUCUACCGCUUAGUGCGAGAACCGGAUGGGCCGCAGAGACGCUUGAUAAGCGGGACAGCCCCAGCCACAAGUACAAUUCAUGCAGAACAAUGUCAGACCUGCGUAGCGAUAGCCCGCCUCCUGCUCCUGCUCCCUUCACCGACCACGGCGGUAAACCCUCCCCCGGAAGAGGGCAGUUUAAAAGAUCAGAGAAUAUUGGCAGACUGUCUGACAUUAUGCUUCAAGAUUCAUUCGGAGCGCAACUUCUUGAACGGAGAAGUCAUGAAAGUCUAUGCCAUGAAAAGACCGUGGACUUUGCAGCGCCACCUGCUGGCUUCCACAGAGGACGUCCGUCAUCGGGUAGCCCACCAGCUGCCAUCUUCUCCGUAGGGUCUCCAUCUAUUGGAAACACUCCUCCUGAUACCGUGUUCCCAAGGAUGCUGACAGGCUCCCCCAGGGGUAUUAGCCCCACCUGGUUGCUCAGCGGUCCCCAUCAUUGUCAACGGAGCCAUAGAAGCAGUGAGACUGAAGCCAUGGAUGAUACUCCGCAGUCAAGUUUGGCCUUUCGACCACCUGAGCUACCAGAAGAUCCGUUUGUGGAGCAGGUCCAUACAGAUGGUCUGAAUGACCUCCAGUUCACACUGGCUUUUGUGCAAUGUAUCAUGGAAGUGGCUACUUCGAAGGACCCGGUCCUGGAUCCCAUCAGCAACUCCGAGGAGUCCUUUUUAGAACACAGUCUGUUGACAGACCAAAUAAGCCUCUUAAGUCGAGAAUGGAGCUAUGCAGAACAGUUAUUGCUUUACUUGAAAGCGGUGGACUCUCUGUCAACAGCUCUGCGCAAUGCCAAAGAAAAGAUCCUGCAAGGUCGACUGCUUCCUUUAACUUCAGUCAAACAAGUGCUUAAGAAGCUGAACGAGUCAUACAAGUGCUGCGUCGUUUGCUGUCGCUCCCUGAGUGAGCGGCUGCAGAGUUUUUUAACGGACAAGCAGAAGCUUAUGGAUCGCUUCAACGGACUCACGGCAGAAAAGCUCAUCUAUUGCCACACUGUGCACAUGGUUCAGUCUGCAGCUUUAGACGAAAUGUUCCACUGUGGCACAGAAAUAGUUCAGCGCUACCACAAAGCUCUUCUGCUUCUGGAGGGUCUGUCCCGGUUCGUCACAGAGGAAAAGGAUAUUGACAAUAUACGAAGAUGUAAGUGGCGUAUUGAAGGACGCAUCUCUGCUCUGCAAACUUAGCAGUAGUCCUGCCUUCACGGAAAUUGUCAUUCCGCAUCCACCUCAUAUCAAUGCAGCGAGAUAGCACCUCCUGUUGAUGUACACGAGCACUUUCAUCUUUCUCAAGGGAACGACCACUGGAGCAUCUGCUCCGAGCACAAAGUCCGGCGUGUGAAAUCCUUAAUUAUGCGCAGAAGACUGGACCUCCUUGGGUGUGAACUUGAACAAUGAGACUUUAUGACCGUUUGAUGAGACUGAUGCUUUACUUGGUAUUUGUUACGUACCAUUUGUUUUUGUGUGAUUUGCACAUAGAAAUAUCCAGUCAUGUUGUACUUGAAUCAAAGUUUAUUUUUUAGGUGUUUACUGAAAACAAUAAGUAACAACCAAGAAUCAAAUGAUGCUAAAUGAAUUGACCAAAUAUUGUGAGCGUGUAGCAAUAAUCGUGCCUUCCUCAAGUUGGAUUCACGUGAUAUUUAGUUUGAAUUCAAUAUGCAAAUGAAAAGUGUUACUUUUAUUAAGA